AUGGACCACCAGUUGAGACAUGAACCGUCCCUCAUCCUUUUCAAGGAAGCUACACGAAUAACAUUCGAUAACAUCACGGGUGAAUAUAACUAUAGAAAAUGUUCUUUCUUCAAUUUCCUCAGUUAUCUAUCACUGUUGGUUUCCAUUUUUUUGCAGUUUUUGUUUUUGGCAUCAGAUAUUUAUACAUUAAUCCAAAUUUAUGCAUUAAACGACUGGGAAGAAUUCCAUGUUAUUACGUAUAUUCCUGUUUUAACUUAUAGAAUCACAUUCACUGUCUGCAUAGGGAUUUCAUUCAUUUAUUUGAUAGUGACUUGGGUUUUGGGGUUUUUUAUCCAGCGCCGAAAUAGAGUAGUUCCUUCUUACUUACACACUGGUGCAAGACAAAUUGAUUCUUUAAAAAGCUAUGAGAGAUUUUGCAUCUACGAAGAAGUCCAAAGCAAAAAGGUACAUGACUGGAUUUGCCUUUCAAUUUACACUGGAUAUCACUAUGAACUUAUAAAUUGGCUGUUAGCUGAUUCCCCAAGACAAAUCCUCAAUGGUGUGACCAUCGCAUACUCUGUAUCUAAUAAGUUUACCUCCGGGGAACUGGGUAUGAUUUUGAGCGAUAUUGCUAAGACAAAUAAAAAGGAAGCUGUCUUAUUAUCGUUUAUGUUUUUUUCAUUUGUUGUUUGGCUAUGCUUCACAUUUAAGAACUUUAUUAUCAUUUUAUCUUCAAUAUGUAUAAUUCCUAACAUAAAAAGAAAGAAGAAAACUAAGUUCAACAAAUACUGUGCAGAUCUAGUUGCUGCAAGAGUUUACAAGCUAUACGACAGCAAGGCUAAAAUGAAUGAAGAAGAGUUAUCAAAAAGAAGAAAGGUUCCUUCGUUCAUCAAAAACACCAAUGUUGAAGAUUCUUCAUUCAUCACCGAAGAUUAUAAUGAUGGUACAGAAGAUUUCGAUAUUGUGGAUCCUCUUAGAGCCGACCAAACUAACGAAUUAACAAAUGAUUCAGUUGUAUCCUUAGAAAAACUCAAUCCUUUUGAUUCCUACUCUCAAGUAUCAGAGUUCCCGUUAUCACAUUCAAGAGUCAACCUUGUGCCCAAAGCCUCUCUUCACCGUAGAAGUCCGUCAAAAAAUCGUGUUUUUACCAAUAAUGAAUACGAACUACAUGAAAUUACAAUGAGUGACCCUCAUAAUGAUGCCCCUCACAGUAAAACAACCAAUCAUUAUGAUAAUGGAGUGAAACCAACAACUGACUAUUCACAUAGUACAAAUAGUCCAUUUUGUAUUUCUGAAGCGGAAACUCAGGAUUGUGGGAUACGUGAAAGUUACGUAUACAUCCCUUCUAAAGUUUAUGAGGAAGUUUACCACCAGCAGAGCCCUCUGAAUGGUAAGCCGCCUAGAAUUGUUUUUGAAACAGAGGGCAAUCCUAGCUCCGAAUCAUCCACGUUGCCACAGUACACCCCAACAUCGAGCAAAAACAGAGAACACGCUUCACAUAGAAAAGAUCCAAAAUACGAUGGUGUGGAUACUGAUGGUGAAGAAAGUGAGGACGACGACGAUGACGAAGAAGAAGAAGAUUAUAUAAAGAUUGGACAAACUUCGUACGGGAAUCCAAAACGUGGUAAUUCACGAACUUUGUACGGUUCAAGGGGACUUGCCAAUCAUAGGACAAUCAUAUAA